AUGGACAAGGCCUCCCACCUCUCGCUCAUCAUAGACCUCUCUCCCUCCCAGUGGCUCCUCUCCGCCGACCCCUCCAACGCACACCCUCUCCCCCUACACGUCUUCCUCUCCCAUGUCCUCACCUUCAUCAACUCCCACAUCGCCUCCAAGCAUGAGAACUCACUCGCCGUCUUUGGCGCGCUUCCUGGGAAGAGUGUGAUGCUCUAUUCCUCCUCCGACUCUAUACCGGACCAGGACCAGACGGCAGACGAAUCCAGUGCGAACUCAUACAGACCCUUUCGUCUCGUCGAUUCAGCCAUCGUCCGUCGAAUAACGGAAGAACUCGAACUGCUCGAGGCGCAGAACAAGCCCGAGGAAGAACCCGUCGCUCUCGUCGGUGCUCUCACAAAGGCACUAUGCUACAUCAACCGAAUCACACACGUCCCCACCGCCAACGCCCCAGAAGACCCAGCCGCCCACGUCGACCCCCGCAUCCUCAUCCUCUCCGUCUCCCCCGACCUCUCCACGGCCUACAUCCCCGUCAUGAACUCCAUCUUCUCCGCCCAAAAGCUGAAAGUGACGAUAGACGUGUGUAAAGUCUACGGACCCGACACCGUCUUUCUCCAACAGACGGCACAUCUCACCGCUGGAUCGUACAUCUACCUCGAGCGGCGAGACGCACUGCUGCAGUACCUCAUCAUGUCCUUCCUCCCCCCACCCGCCCUCCGCCAGAUCCUCGCCGUUCCGAAACAGGACAAGAUCGAUUUCAGGGCGGCUUGUUUCUGUCAUAAAAAUAUUGUGGAUAUUGGGUUUGUGUGUUCUGUUUGUUUGUCUAUCUUCUGUGCCCCCGUACCAGUCUGCUCGACCUGCAGGACGAAAUUCCCGAUUAAAACUCUACAGAGACUUAACGCCUCGAGACCUAUACUCCCCGGGACCGGGACUCCAUCCAGUCGGAAUGGGGCUGUCAACGGUAAUUUGGGUGGGAAUGCGAAUGGGGGUGGAAUGGGGAACACGAAUGGAGGUGGAAUGGGGAACGCGAAUGGAGGUGGAAUGGGCAAUGGGAAUGGGAAUGGGAACGGGACACCGCGUGCGAGACCUACGCCGACGCCGACGCCGGUGGGGACGCCAACGCCUACUGCGACGCAGACACAGACACAGACGGGAAUGGGAAUGGGGAUGGGGACGGGGGCGGGGGCGGGGUCGUUGAGUUCGAGUUUGAGGUGA